AUGUCACACUCAGGAGAAGACAGCACCACCAACGGCGACGAGCAACAGCAACAGCAACCCACCCUCACAGCUCCAGGCCAAGAAGAAGACACACCAAUGUCCGUCGUCCAACACAACCCCAGCUCACCAGGACCACUCAUCCCCACAUCCAACUUAGGCGAGGAUGAGGGACACCAUGACUUUGGUGGUCAGGAGGAGGGAGCUGACCACGAUGACGAUGGUGCCGGCGAAGGUGAGGGUGAGCAGGAAGACGAGCAGCAGCAAGGGGAGAGUGACGUUCAUGAGCAGGACAUGGUGACCGACCUCUUCUUCCAGGACGUUGUCUUCUACCUCAGUCCCUUCCUCUCCAAAGUCUUGGCCGAUGAGCUCGAAAUGGCUCUGUGUGAACAUGGAGCGAUGAAGACACGAACGUCUACCAGUACAAGCCAAAUCGCAUGGGAAACCACCACCUCACCAACAACACACAUCAUUUCAGAGAACCUGGAUAUCCCAGACUACAAACACGCCGUUGCACGCGGGAUCCAUAUCGUUACACCCGAGUGGUUACCGGACUAUGACCGCCAGCUCAUUUGCGACGCACUCGACUCUUAUGGAGGAUCCUAUUCGGCUACACUCAGCAACAGCGUGACACAUCUGAUCGCUCUCGCAUCAUCAGGGGCAAAGUACGAGUAUGCGAUGGCUCACCCAGAGUUGAAUAUCAAGGUCGUGAUGCCGCAUUGGUUUCAGACGUGCUGCAACGCUAGGUGCCAUAUUCCCGAGACAAUGUACUUGUACCCAGACCCACCGAUGCAGGAGAUGGACGACGAGAUUUACCCAAAACCAACGCCAGCUCCCACGCCCCAGCUCUUCGCCAACUCUGUCAAGUCGGUGGUGAACUUUCUUAACUCGCCAAACGAGAUCCAGGACAAGUUUUUGCAGGACAAGUAUAUAUUCAUGGAAGCCGACCUACCAAUUACUCCGGAAAAUCUGCAAAAAUUUGCUGAAAGAAUUGCUCAGGCAGGAGGAUUCCUUGUAGACGAAUACGCAAACGACAUGGUUGAUGUUGUCAUCUGUCGUGUCCGCGAUGGAGAUCUCUAUUUUGAGGCAUCUAACGAUGGAAAGAUUGUUGCAUCUCUGGAUUGGAUGUACCAUGUUUUGCGCACUGGGACCAUGCCGUCUCCCACGGCAUCGCUGCUUCACUACCCCAUCCCCAAUGGUUACAUCCCUGGCAUGACAUCCUUGGUCAUGACCGUCUCCAACUACAAUGGCCCGAUUCGCGAAUAUCUCAAGCGCAUGAUUAUUGCUACAGGAGCCAUCUACAAACCUGAACUGGCGAGUAAAACACACGCCGAGCCCACCACCCAUAUCAUUUGCGGAGACGCUUCAGGAGAAAAGUUCGCGAAGGGCAAUGAAUGGAACGUCAAAGUGGUCAAUCAUUUUUGGUUAGAGGAUUGCUAUCUGAGCUGGUGCAUGCAGAGUGAGACUAAGCCCCGCUACGGCCUGUUUCCGCUCAACAGUCAGCUUACGGAAGUCUUUGGUACAGGACUCUCACCAGAUUUAAUCGAGGAGUGGACUUCUCCCGACGCGUUCGAGGAGGUUAGCACACAGCCCGAUACGAACGAGGCAAGAGAAGAGAGCACUUCGUCAAAUGUUGAUCCUAUUGCGACUACAAGUUUGUUGCUGAAGGAUAUGGCGACAGGCGACAACGAACACCUCUCUGAGCAACCUGAACAGCCUGCGCCGGAGAAAUCUAAAGCCGCCACCCGCGCCGGUCGGCGGAGCUCAGCAGGACUCGCAGCCAUGGAGGGCGUCGAGACGCACCAGUCAACCCCUUCACCGCGCAAGGCUACCCCUAGACGAGGCUCUAGAUCGGCCAGUGGUGCAGCACAGGAAGCUUCUUCGUUGUCAAACAGCCACGCGGAUAACGAUGCAGCGAUACCAGGAAGCAGUAGUCCAGGAGGAGUUCGUAUUGUCUCGAGGAGACGUGGCGCUGCUCUUGAGGCCACCAAGGCGCUUCAGCAGAUCGUUCCUGACAUGAACGAUUUUCAGGACGAACUGCGGGACGAGAAGCGAAGGAAGAAGCGAGGCAAGACUGCGCUGAUUGAUGACCGGGAUGCUGACGACUCUAUGGAUGUUGACGCUGACGAGGCAGAUGCACUGCCGAAUCCUAGGAAGACACCCACAUCACCGACCAAGCGGAAACGCACCAGCAUGGGCACCGCCGAGGGCCCCAGGACACCUGUGAAGAGCCAGGAGGACACUGGAAACGAGAGCGAGAAUGCUGUUGUUGCUGCUGGUCUGAAGACGCCGGUCAAGAGGUCCAGGAAAGUGAUCAAGGCUGACAAGGAGAGAGAGGUUUCUACCUCCCCUGCCGAUUCAACCACUCCCGCUGGCGAAACUGCUGAGGCGACGGCGGCACCAGUACCGGUAUCAAAGUUCAAGCAUGCGCGCUACAUCUCGACAGGCCUUACCAAGGAGCCAAAUGCUAAGCAAGUCAAGGCACUCAAGGCACUCGGAAUUGUGUCGACGACAGCGGUGGAUCAGUGUACUCACUUGGUAGCCAAGAAUGUUGGUCGUACGGAGAAGUUCUUGACAGCUUUGGCCCAGGGCAAGAUUAUUGUCCACGAGGACUGGCUUCAAGCCUGCAUCGACGCCAACACUAUUCUUGACGAGAAGGACUAUCAAAUUAAGGAUCCGGAGAACGAGGCCAAGUUUGAUAUGAGCCUGUCCGAGUCCCUGGAGCGCGCGCAGGAGAGGAAGGUCUUUGAGAACUGUGUGAUUUACAUCUCGCCCUCAACGGUUCCCAAACUAGCGGCGCUCAAGCUCCUUGUUGAGGCUGGUGGUGGCAAGGCGACUGCGUUGUUGCAAACAGGGCUUGGGUUUUUGAAAGACCGGAUUGUCAAGUCUAACCAGCGCAAGGAGGCUGCAGUCAAGAAGGGUUCUAGGAACAGGAAGAAGAAGCAGGAAACUGAAGAUGAGGAUGAGGAUGAGGAUGAGGAUGAUGAGGAUAAUGAAGUCUUGGCGGUGGUGUCGUGCGAGGAUGACAAGGAUAUGUGGGGGCCUAUUUUAGAUGCAGGGGCGCUGGUGUAUUCUCAUGAGUUGAUUAUCCUUGGGAUCCUGAGGCAGAAGUUGGAUCUUGGUCGGACCCAUGCCCUCGCUUAA